AUGUCCGAUUAUCCCUCACCUUCGCCUGAACUGAUUACGUCAUUGAACGGUCGAUUGCAUCUAGACCUCGCCAAGGUCCGCGAGGAUAUGCAACGCGUCCUUGGUGAGAAUGAGCUGCUGCGAGCGCAAAAUGCAGAACUUCGCGGAGAGAACGGGCGGCUAGAGAUGGAGAAUAAUAUGCUCCGUCAAGCUAAGGAACGGAUGGAUCGCGAGGUCGAUGAGUUGAGGGCUUUGCGAGAUCAGGGAUUAUUACAAGAUCUCUCUGCCGCGACGCCGGAACUGCUCAUCCCGUCGAAGGGGCUAUCUGGAAUACUCGCAGACAACAUGGCAAGCGUCUUCGCUGGAAUCGAUGCGGUAUUGGAGGAGACAAAGCAACGGAAAUUUACAGUGUUUGAUUCUGACCGGCCGCAGCACACACUCAGCAGGGCGCAGCCAGCGCACUGGGAACGCCCGAAUCAGUCUUCAUCCUAG